UAGCUGAGUGAACAACCCCAGUACCUCCGUCACGCUGUCUGGACCUUGUCAACGAAAGACAACACCUUUACUAUUAUUGGGAUAUCAAUAAUCGUUUAUAACGUGAACAGCCUUUGCAGCAACUAUGUGGAUUUACAACAUUAUUUUUACUCUCUUAAUCGUCCGUUAUUCAGAGUGCAGGAGGAAUGCAUUACAGGACUACCAGAGGAGUGAUGGCGUGAGAUUGGUCCAACUGCCAGACUCUGCCCUCCAUACCAAAAGCAGGAAGUUGAGCAUUGUGAAGUGUGCCCGUGGUUGCAGCCGCAACAAGAUACUGCUCUUCACCUGCAGAGCGUUCUUGUAUGAUCAGAAAAACAGGAAAUGCCAGUGGCUGUCGUUUGACAGGAACUCACCAGGAGUCCAAAGCCAACAUGACUUCAACUACCAACUCUACCAGAAGAAAGCCUAUGUGCAGGAGUGCAUAGUGGGGACAGGAGUGAACUACAGAGGGAGAAGGUCUGUAACGGCCAGUGGAAUCAGGUGCCAAGCCUGGGCCUCUCCUUUCCCUCAUGAACACAAUUUCCUACCAAGGAGGAACAGGAAGAAGGAGCUGACAAACAACUACUGUCGUAACCCUGACAACGCUAUUUCAGGACCAUGGUGCUUCACUACAGACCCCAACGUCAGACACCAGGACUGUGGAGUACCUGAGUGCUUACAAGUGGAGUGUGUGAGCUGUAAUGGGGAAAGCUACAGAGGUCCCAUGGAUCACACAGAGUCGGGACGGGAGUGUCAACGCUGGGACCUAGAGGAACCACACAAACACCUCUUCCACCCCAAGAGGUAUCCUGAUAAAGGCCUAGAUGACAACUAUUGUAGGAACCCAGAUGGACGUCAACGACCGUGGUGUUUCACCCUGGAUGCACACACAUCCUGGGAGUACUGCAACAUCACAGCCUGCCCCUCAGACAGUGUGGGAGAGGUAGAUGUGACUACCAGGUGUUUCCUGGGUCGAGGUGAGGGAUACAGAGGGACAGUAGCAGUAACACCCAGUGGGGUGACCUGUCAACGUUGGGACUCACAGUACCCCCACAACCACACAUACAUACCCCAGGACUAUCGCUGCAAAGACCUGAGGGAGAACUACUGCAGGAACCCUGACGGCCUUGACCUCCCAUGGUGCUUCACUUCAGACCCUAACGUUCGCAAGGCAUUCUGCACCAACAUCCCCCGCUGUGGCACACAGAAUACUGAACCCCAUGACUGCUACGAGGGCAAUGGAGAGAGCUACAGGGGAGAGGUGUCUAGGACCAGGUCAGGUCUUCCCUGUUCCCUCUGGAGAGACCACAGUUGGGACAGAGAUGCAGCGGUGCUGACUGUGGGACAGGAGGCGAGUUUCUGUAGGAACCCAGACAGAGACACACAUGGCCCCUGGUGUUAUACUAACAGCACUGCUAUACCCUGGGACUACUGCAGCAUCAAACCAUGUGAACCAUCAAAUAACACCAUUCCACAGAGAGUGGAGGUGUCCAAUGUGUCAUGUUUCAUCCAUAAGACGACCAGGAUAGUAGGAGGAGCUCCAGUCGCCAUCACAGACGGAAGCUGGAUGGUCAGCAUACAGAAACGGUCCAGUCACUGGUGUGGAGGUUCUCUCAUACGAGAGGAGUGGGUCCUCACUGACAGACAAUGCUUCUCCUCAUGUGUUCCAGACCUGAGUGAGUAUCGUGUGUGGUUAGGUGUAUCAGACCUUCGUGGCUUGGCUCCUAACAGCUCCUUCAGACAGGAAGUCUCCAUCUCCCAUGUGAUCUGUGGUCCUGAGGGCUCCAACCUGGCCCUCAUACGGCUGGCCCAGCCUGCCCUCCCUGCAGACAGUGUCCACACCAUUCAGCUGCCGGUGGCUGGGUGCUCCAUUGCUGAUGGCUCGAUGUGUAGCAUGCAUGGAUGGGGCGAGACCAAAGGUACGGGUCAUGAAGGUGUACUGAAAGUGGUCCAUCUGCCCAUGAUCAGUAAUGAGAGGUGUAGUGAACAACACAGAGGGAACCUCCACAUCACAGACACCAAGAUUUGCGCUGGGGGGAGGAAGGACGAGGGCGUCUGUGAGAGGGACUAUGGCGGUCCCUUGGUGUGCCAGGAAGGAGAGAGCAGGGUCAUAGUGGGGGUCAGUGUCCAUGGCAGAGGCUGUGCCCGUGCCAAUCGGCCUGGCAUCUUCAUCAACGUCCCCUUCUACACCCAGUGGAUCCACAAGGUGUUCCGACACUACCCCGAACCUCAGAUCAACUAGGCACUACCCUCAGAUCAACUAGGCACGACCCUCAGAUCAACUGGGCACGACCCUCAGAUCAAUUAGGCACAACCCUCAGAUCAACUAGGCACGACCCUCAGAUCAACUAGGCACAACCCUCAGAUCAACUUGGCAGUACCCUCAGAUCAUCUAAAUAUCAAAUACAGAUAAAACUUUAUCCCAUCAUCAAUUAGAGACUCACUCGACCCCCCUUGAUGUAGAUACACCUGUGGCUCAGUCACGUAAGGACCAACUGAGUCCCUGUGCAUUUGAAAGAGGGAAAACUCCAGCCAUAAAGAAAGAUAUCAAACGCAACUCCAAACUUGAUUCUGGAAUUCAGACUCAUGGGCUUCUAUAUGUCUUUGGAGUGGACCUGUGAAGUGGAAUGUAAUUGUGUUGAUCAGACUGCUGGGUCGAUCCUUUAGAUAAUAUAAAUAUGUAGUGUUACAGACAUGCUAUUAAGGACAACAGAGGUGUGGAUAUGUGGUUGGCCAAACACCAUGUGCUGAAGCUGGUAAGGUUUGGAUGUUCAGGACUCAUAUUGUACACAAUCAGUAAGAAUAUGUAGACAAUGUGGUAAUAGGGGAGAGUGGGGUAAAUUGAGACACCCCUUGUUUCUAGGAAACCAUAUACAAAAUUAAUAAUGUGACCACAUUUUUAGGAAGAGGUCAUAAUUUUAUGGAGUCAGAAGGAAGAAACCACCACCACAAAGUAAAUUGAAUGUAUUGUGUUCCAGGUUUCAUGAUGCUUGUAUCUAAACCAAAGUUAGAUGUACAUCAGUUGGGGUCUUUAUAAGCUACAAUGUGAGGUCCUAAACCUAGCAUGAAAGUGCAUCCUUGUAGCUGUGUGGACUAAUAUAAUCAAAAUGUUUGCCUUGGUGUAAGUUGAGCCAAUGGUCACCAUACCCCCGUGUCAUGCAUAUAAACUCAUGAUAGUGCAUUUGUAUUAAUACAGAGCAGACAUCAUCAUGCCCCUUGUAUACAAACGUAAAACAAGCAGGGGUCUAGCCGCCUUGAGUUUCUUGAGAGAGCAACCAAGGAAGUGAGAGAAGGGAAGAAGUCAAUUUGAGCAGCAGAAAAGGAUAGAAAAAAUGGUCUUUAUGACACUGAAGAGGUACGUUGACGAUCAGCAAGGCUAUGACAGAGUAGCAGAGGCACACAAGGUCUCAUCUGAUGACAUGGAGUCUCAGCUUGCUGAUCAUAUCAAGAAUCUGGCAGACCAGUUUCAUGGGCUUAGCAUUAAAUGCAGAGAACUGGCACAACUGGCACAUUGAAGUAACAUCUCUAUCCCAGGCAACUGGUCAAGAAAUGAAAGGGUCAGUGAUAUUGAACAGAGCGAUCUAUCUGAAUGUAGGCAUACAUUUAAGAUAUAGACUAUACCACACCCCCAUUCCAUUAAUUCAACUUUGACCUACCAGCACCAUCACCCACUAUCACAGGUCACCAUCACCCACUUACUUCAAGGCGGCUCAACUGACCUUGUUCCUUUGCUCAACUUACCCCGAACCCGGGGUAAGAUGUGCCAAAAUACCACAUUUUUUGAACAAGCUAUGUUUUCAAAACUGUUAUGUUUCCAUGAAUUCUGAUUAUUUCCAGGGAUACACAGCAUUCUGAAAUACAUUACGAAAGUGUGCUCAUCAAACAUCUCAUUCGAAAAUCAUGGGCAUUAAUAUGGAAUUGUUCCCCCCUUUGCUGCUAUAACUGCCUCCACUCUUCUGCGAAGGCUUUUCCCUAGAUGUUGGAAAGUUGCUGCUGGGACUUGCUUUCAUUCAGCCAAUAGAGCAUUAGUGAGGUCAUGUACUGAUGUUGGGCGAUUAGGCUUGGUUCGCAGUCAGCUUUCCAAUUCAUCCUGAAGGUGUUCGAUGGGGUUGAGGUCAGGGCACUGUGAAGGCGAGUCAAGUUCUUCCAUACCGAUCUUGACAAACCAUUUCUGUAUGGACCUCGCUUUGUGCACGGGGGCAUUGUGAUGCUGAAACAGGAAAGGGCCUUCCCCACACUGUUGCCACAAAGUUGGAAGCACAGAAGCUGUAGCGUUAAGAUUUCCCUUCACUGUAACACAGCCCAAGACCAUUACAGUUGGCACUAUGAUUCAAGCUGGUAUUGUUCUCCUGGUAUUUGCAAACACAGAUUUGUCCGUCGGACUGCCAGAUGGUGAAGCGUGAUUCAUCACUGCAGAGAACACAUUUCCACUGCUCCAGAGUCCAAUGGCGGCAAGUUUUACACUACUCCAGCUGAUUCUUGGCAUUGCGCAUGGUGAUCUUAGGCUUGUGUGUGCCCGCUUGGCCAUGGAGACCCAUUUCAUGAAGCAUCUGACGAACGGUUAUUGUGCUGACGUUGCUUCCAGAGGCAGAUUGGAACUCUGUAGUGAGUGUUGCAACCGAGGACAGAUGAUUUUUAAGUGUUAUGCGCUUCAUCACUUGGCGGUCCCGUUCUUUGAGCUUGUGUGGCUUACCACUUUGCGGCUGAGCCAUUAUUGCCCCUAGAAUUUUGUACUUCACAAUAACAGCACAUACAGUUGACUCGUGCAGCUCUAGCAGAGCAGAAAUUGGAUGAACUGACUUGUUGGAAAGGUGGCAUCCUACUGUAUGACGGUGCCACAUUGAAUGUUACUGAGCUCUUCGGUAAGGCCAUUCUAUUGUCAAUGUUUGUUUAUGGAGAUUGCAUGGAUAUGUGAUUGAUUUUAUACACCUGUCAACAAUGGGUAUGGCUGAAAUAGCCAAAUCCACUCAUUUUAAGGGGUG